CGUGACCCGGAAACUCUCUGGGCAACAUGGCGGCGCCCAGCGGCCAGAUGGCAGUGGCUCAGAGUCGGCGGCCGCCCGCGUUCGUAGAUGAGACAGCCGAGGCUCCGAGAGGGUGAGGCUGUCUCCAGCGCGCACGCCGCAGGUGGGCCGCUCGGCCGGAACUGGAGCCCGCGUGCGCCUGUGUCUCCCAGCGACCCCGGGCUCCCGGCGGCCCGCCGCACAGCUGCUGACGUCUAUGAAAAACCCACAGCUCACAUUGAUGAAAGACUGGAUGCUUUUCCCCUAAAAUCAAGAGAAGCACAUGGAAGCGGCUCUUGCCACUUCUAUUCAUCAUUGUACUGAAGGUUCCAGCAAGGGCACUUGGGCAGGAAAAGGAAAUAAAAGACAUCCAGAUUAGAAAGAAAGAAGUGGUUGUCCAACAAGCAGAGGCAUGAGCUGGGCCCAAGCCAUCAUGCUAGCUCGGGGCCUCUCUCGGGGCUGGAGAGGCAUCUGUGGUGCUGCCCUCACGGGAGCCCCCUUCUCUCAGGUACCCUCCCAGGUCCCUCGAGGCCUCCACUGCAGUGUAGCCACCCACAGCUCUGACUCAUCUCUGGUCCCGAGGCCACCUGAGCCCCUGCGGCAGCCUGCCAAGCCCCUGUCACCCCACGAAGAGCUGUUUAGGCCGGCGCCAGAUGGGGCCCGGAACAAAGCCAGCUUUGUGCGAGCUGUGCAGAACUUUGGGCAGCACAACGUGCACAAGCGGGGCCACGUCGACUUCAUCUACCUUGCCCUGCGCAAGAUGCGGGACUACGGCGUUGAAAAGGACCUGGCUGUCUACAACCUGCUGCUUGACGUCUUCCCCAAGGAGGUCUUCCGGCCUCGCAACGUCUUCCAGAAAAUCUUCGUCCACUACCCACGGCAGCAGGAGUGCGGGCUUGCUGUCCUGGAGCAGAUGGAGAACCACGGGGUGAUGCCCAACAAGGAGACCGAGUUCCUGCUGGUUCAGAUAUUUGGGCGCAAAAGCUACCCCAUGCUCAAGUUCGUGCGCAUGAAGCUGUGGUUCUCCCGCUUCAAGAACAUCAACCCCUUCCCUGUGCCCCGGGACCUGCCCAAGGACCCUGUGGACCUGGCCAUGUUGGGCCUGCGACACAUAGAGCCUGACCUCAGCGCCAGGGUCACCGUCUACCAGAUGGCUUCAUCCAAAGACUCCACAGGUACAGCAGAUCCCACCGAGCAGCAUAUUGUAGGUAUCCAGAGUCCUGAUCAGCAGGCUGCCCUGGCCCGCCACAACCCCGCCCGGCCUCUCUUCGUCGAGGGCCCCUUCUCCCUGUGGCUUCGCGACAAAUGUGUCUACUACCACAUCCUCAGAGCAGACUUGGUGCCCCCUGAGGAGAGGGAAGUGGAGGAGAUUCCAGAGGAAUGGAACCUCUACUACCCGAUACAGCUGGACCUGAAGUACGGGAGAGGCGGCUGGGAUGACUACGAGUUUGACAUCGAUGAAGUGGAAGAAGGCCCUGUCUUCGCCAUGUGUAUGGCAGGUGCCCACGACCAGGCUACACUGGCCAAGUGGAUCCAGGGCCUGCAGGAGACCAACCCCGCCCUGGCCCAGAUCCCCGUGAUCUUCCGCCUGACAGGGUCCACUGGGGAGCUCCUGGCGUCCUCCUCAGGACUGGAGGAGCCCUCCCCGCCACCACCCCAAGAGCAGGAAGAAGAGGAAGACCAUACGCAGCGACAGCAGCGGGGCCAGAGCUGAGGCCCGAGCGGGCUCCGGGGCACGGGCCUGGACUGGUGUGGAAGCAUGAGAUGACCUUUGAAUGUACAGCAAAUAAAAGUUUCCUGGCUGA